AUGGCGGCGCCCAGGGCGCUGGCAGCGGCGCGGCGCGCUGUGGCGGUAGCAGCACGCGGGCGGCGCACAGCGGGCACCGGAGCCGCUCCGCGAGGUCGGGCGGAGCGGAGCCGACUAUAUGAGCACGUGCGGGAGGGGCUGAGCGCGCGGCCGCAGCUCGAUAUGGCGGCGCUGAGUGCGCACCCGGCGGAGGCCGCGCGGGAACUGGAGCGGAGGAAAGGACCGCUGAGGGAGGGCGAGCUGCGUGAGAUCCUGCAGACCUGGGCCCGCCUGGAGGAGGUGCGUGCGGCCAUCGCUGGACUCGAGGCCGAGAAGGAGGAGGUGGCGCUGGCAGUGCACGCCCUGGUGACCACCCACGCCAAGGACACGCUGCAUGCGGUCCCCGAAUACACGGCGCUGCGGGAACGGGGCCGUGCGGUGAGGCUGCAGCUGAGGGAACUGCUGGCAGAGGAGGCAGCGUUGGAUGAACGCUUCUACCUGCAUGCCUUGCAGCUGCCCAACAGCACCCACCCAGCAGUGCCCGUCGGUGAUGAGAGCCAGGCCCGUGUGUUGGAGGUGGUGGGGGAGAAGCCAGCAUUCGACUUCCAGCCUAAGGGCCACCUGGAGCUGGGUGAGGAGCUGGACAUCAUCCGCCAGCGGAGGCUGUCACACAUCUCAGGUCACCGCUCCUAUUACCUGUGUGGGGCAGGCGCGCUGCUGCAGCACGCCUUGGUGAACUUUGUGCUGGCCAAACUGGUGCCCAAGGGCUUCCUGCCCAUGACGGUCCCUGACCUGCUGCGCGGCGCCGUCUUUGAGGGCUGUGGGAUGCAGCCCAACAUCACCCCAUCUCCCGUGUACUGCAUCGACCCGGCUCGCUUCGAGGACCUGUGCCUGGCUGGCACCUCCGAGGUGGGGAUUGCAGGUUACUUCAUGGACCACGCGGUGCGGCUGCAGGACAUGCCCAUCAGGAUCGUCUGCUCCAGCACGUGUUACCGUGCAGAGACCGACACGGGCCGAGAGCCCUGGGGCCUUUAUCGUGUGCACCAGUUCACCAAGGUGGAGAUGUUUGGGGUGACGGCAGCAGAAAGCGGAGCCGAGAGCGAGAUGAUGCUGGAUGAAUUCCUCACGCUGCAGAAGGAGAUUUUUUCAGAGCUGGGGCUGCAUUACCGUGUUCUGGAUAUGCCCACACAGGAGCUGGGACUCCCAGCGUACCGCAAGUUUGACAUCGAAGCCUGGAUGCCAGGACGGGGCAAAUAUGGGGAGAUCUCCAGCACCUCCAACUGCACCGAUUACCAAAGCCGGCGGCUGAACAUCAUGUACAGCGAUGGGGCUGGGAAGCUGCACCACGCACACACGGUGAAUGGCACCGCCUGUGCCGUCCCCCGGCUGCUCAUCGCCCUUCUGGAGUGCAACCAACAGCCGGAUGGCAGCGUCCGUGUGCCCCCCGCCCUGCGGCCUUUUGUUGGUCAGGAUGUGAUCGAGCGGCCCCCAGCCCCACUGCUGCGUUACAUCGGCCCCAACCAACCUGGGGGGGGGGGGACAGGGGGGGCCACGUGUCCCCUCCUCAAUGCUCGUGAGGCCUUGAAAUAAAGAACUGCUUC